AUGUUGCUUCCCAAAUCCCUUUCUAGCGCGUGGAUGCAGUCGGUGUCGGGGGGACUUUGGUACGUGAGGAUUGUGGUAAUUGAAACAAUCUGUUCCCACGGCCUGCAGUGGAAGGAGGUUCCAAGGCCAGCCGGUGUGUUUGAGGUCAGAGCCCAGCAACAGAUCGUCGAGCAUUUGGCCACCCGCCAGAAUGAGACCGAGCAGGAGCUCGCUGCCCUCCGCGCCGCCACUCGACCACGCCCCGCCGUGCCUGAUCCCCGGAUGCAAGCCACACAGCUGAUACCCAAGAUGUCCGCCAGCGACGACCCCGAAAUCUAUCUUGAGAUGUUCGAGAGAGCGUCGCAACCACUGAGGAUGGGACCGGCGGGAUUGGGCGUGGCGUUGGCCCGCUGCUGCGUGGCUGGCAGGCUGCAGCCUCCACCGGGAGCUUCCCACGCCGCACCGAAAAUCCCCAUCGGCCUGAAUGGACAGAAGUUCAGCGCCCUCCUUGACUCUGGCAGUACCAUUAGCCUGGUUCAGUCCCGCCUCCUACCCCCGCGCAUGGAACCACGGAAACAGCUGCCACUGACCUGCGUCCACGGGGACACCAGGAAAGUUUCCACCCGCCUCAUCACCGUGACGACGGCCGGAGGAAGCUGGCCCCUGGAGGUGGGUCUCGUACGGGAUCUGCCGGUACCAAUCAUCCUUGGCGGGACUGGCGGGCUUCGAGGAGGCGCUACACACCGCGACACAGCCUGUCAGCCCCCGAAACCCUCGCCGGAAGAGGCGAGAAGGGAGAGGAAACCGCCGCCCUGCCGUUCUCCUAGCAUCGGACAGCGGAAGAGAUGCCUCACCGUGACGAGCCUACCUGAGCUAAUUCCCCAAUUGCCUCACCGUGGACUCCCUCACCACUCCGAGCACUGGAAAGCACUGAAGACAACGCUCCGCUGCACUCACCGGACUCACCGCUACACUUCCCCGGACGCACCGCUGCAUUCCCGCACGCCUCGAACUCACCGCGCACCUUCUGUAACAGACCUGCGACCCACCGGUUGA